AUGAAAACGGUUAUAAUUCCCUUAAGAAUUAAGGAUACAGAGAGUGUCAGUUGGGCAAAGGGGUUGGUAAGCUACUUGAAAAAAUCUUACGGCUCUGGCCAAUGGUCGGUGUUUUACGAUGAAGAGAAGACAAAAGAAAUUGAUGCAUGUAGAACUACAGCAAAUUCUGAUUUAGCACCGGAAUCCCUUUUGGAACAGAAUUAUAAGUAUGCCGCUAUAUUGGAACAAGUGUAUUUGAGGUUAGGCUCGCAUAGCGGAGCCUUACAAAUAGACUUCAUUUGGUAUGAAGCGGAAUAUCAUCCGGGACUUGCUGACAAAAAAUACAAGCAGCGCACAGUUGUGUUUGAGAAGAGCUCAGUGAUGUACAAUAUAGGUGUUUUACUCACACAAAUUGCUAAGAAGAAGAUGUCAGAUGAUUACAAAAGUGCUGUUCCUUAUUUAAGCAGGGCCAUGGCAUGUUUUAGCUACAUGUCUAAUCACUUUCUAAACUCUCCCUCUGUAGAUUGUGCUGCAGAAAAUACCGCUUUUCUCUCAACAUUGUGUCAUGCAGAAGCGCAGGAACUGUUUUUGUUGACUCUAGUAAACGGACCUGAACCAUCUGGUAGAGCAUCUUUGAUAAGUAAGCUUGCUCAUACAGCGGCAAACCUAUAUGAAGAGUGUCAGCAAUACUAUGAAGAAAAUUACAAGGUAGGUUUCGGUACUACCGUCUAUGGAGAAGAUAAAUGGAAAGAUAUAAUCACCCUAAAAGUUCAUUUGUACAAAGCCGUUACCGCUUACAACCAACUGCUUGUCUUGGAGGACUCGAAACGUAUUGGAGAAGCUAUAUCAUAUGGUAAUAUUGCCCUAGAGGAGAUCAAAGAAGCUGUGCACUACAAAAUAUUUGUGAAAGAAGAAAUUGACGUAGUAGCUUUGAAGACAGUUAUUGAAGAGAAACUAAAGAGCCUUAUCAAAGACAAUGACUUCAUAUAUAAUGAUCUGAUUCCUUCAGAUGUUACUCUGGAGAGCAUCAAAACAAUGGACGCAAUAAAGCCGAUAAUUUGGGAAGAGCAGAUUAAAUCUUACUUAGAUGACGAUCUUAUUGAACUAUGCAAAGGUGCGUUCAAAGGGAUCGUGCCUAUGGAAGUAUACGAAAAUGAAAGCAUAUAUUCAGAAGAAAAAGCUUCGCUAUUAAGAAAAGAAGUAGAAACCGUUGAGACUGCUGAUUGGGAAUAUCAAUCUUUUAUUGAGUUCACAGAUUUACCAAAACUCAUUAAAGAUUUAGAAUCAAAGUACGCAGAUGGAUCUGGGUCAAACAUAGAUGAUCCUCAAUAUGACCUAAUGAGACAGCAAAUUGAGUCAUGGUCCAAACUCGUACAGACGAACAAACUGAAGAAUGUCAAUGAACAAUUACAAAAUAUUGUAAAUAGGAGGAAUGAGAUUUUAUCUGUCUUAUCAAAUGUGUCUCCUGAUCAGAAGGAAAAUGCUAUGAAGAUUAAAAACUCUCUUCUUCAGGCUUCUCAAUCAGACGAAAAAAUAUUUUCAACUAUAAACCCAUACCUAGAAGAGGUCGGUCUUUUAUCAAAUCCUAGUCUUCUAUUCAACGUAAUGAAUAGAUUCCAAUCUAAAAACACUCAGCCAAGCUUACUUGAUAUUGACGAUACCAAAAAUGAACAGAUUCUAGAACGUUUAUCCAAUAUUAAAAACAACCAAGAAACUCUCAGACUGUUAAAAGAAGAACGUUCAAGGAAUCUAAAGGAUUUUAAAGAGAGUUUAAAUAAUGAUGACAUAACACAAAAGCUUAUCUUACACACCGGGAAAUCUGCAAAGGAUAUAAAAGCCUUUUUUGAAGAAGAGUUGGAUAAAUUCAAACCAUUGAGCAGUAGAAUUGAAGCAACUAUCUUCAAACAAACGAAUCUUAUUAAUGAUAUUAAAAUAAAGCUUGAUGAGAUUUUUAAAUUAACGGGUAUUCAAGAUAAAACCCCUGAACAGGAAAGUCUGUCAAAGGAGAGGAGAGAAUUCUUUGAUAAAAUGGAGAAAGCUUAUACACAGUUUAUGAUAUACACAACAGACUUACCAAAAGGUUUGAGCUUUUAUGAUACGCUAUUGAAAAUGGCCAAGGAUAUAAGUUCUGUAAACCGUCCUGACCAAUCUGCAGGACGAUAUGUGGAUGGUUUGAUACCUCCAGCUGUUCCCCAGAGGUCGACUCAAUCAACGAGUCUUGCUGAUAGUCUUGCUAGGAUGAGUGUAAGAGAUACUAGUAACGUACAACAGGGUGUUCCAGCAGUACCAAAGAGAAACUACGAAGGAGUUAAUUCAUCUCCUCCUAUUCCACCAAAGUCAUUGCCAUCUGGCUUGAAUGGACUAUUGGGACAACAAAAACCAUCAAGUGGGCCUACAUCUUUCUAUAACAACCCAUCAGUAUUUGAUGAGGAUUUGUAUUCCAAAUUUAGCAAGUAA